GGAGAACGGAAAUGAAAGACAAACGGCGAAACGAGUGAAACGCGCUUUCAUAAUUUAGAUUUCGUCACAGUCUUUUCUUUUUCUAAUAUAUCGCUGGUAUUUCAGUUAUUUACAGAGUUUAAGGACAUGAAUUCUGCCGGUGAGAUAAAACCAAAGAAAACAAUAAUUUCAUAUAAAUACACGCCGUAUAUUAGUCAGUUUAAAUGAAAUGUGUGGGUUUAUUGAUCAUCGCGGUGAGAUUAUUCAUGUGUCGGUUAGUGAUUGUGAGCGCGCUGCUGUUUAUCGUGCGCGUGCACAACAAACCAACAGCUGAUCACCAAUCAAACAUCGAUACAGCAGCGGAUCAUCGAUCGAUCAGUAAUCAAGAUCAAGACAAAGAUUCGUGCAAAAAAGAGAUGAGGCGAAGCAUCAGCUCUUCUCAGACAUAUAUGAAAGGCCCCGCCUCAUCCGUGGCCCCUCAGGGCCCCUGGGGCCACACCCUCUAUAUGUUAUUUGGUCAGUGGGUGGAGCCUACACUGAAGCGCGCGGGGCAGAGAACCACACGGACCACGGUGAAGUCUGCAGUGUUAGGACUCAUGUUCCACAAGUGUGCUCAGGUGGAAACAGGAACUGAGCUGGCACAGGUGCGAGUAAUGUUAGUGAUCACAAACCCUGCAGACGGGAUUGACCUAUCACAGCUCAGCAUACGUGACACCAUCUCUGACAUCACACUGCUGCAGACCAAUGGUAGCGUUCAGGAGAGAGGAUACCAGACCUUCACAACACACUCACUGCCUGCUGGUUCUCAGUGUGUGUUUGUGUACAGUGUGAGUGUAACAGGAAACAGAAACAAGAUUCUGACACUUCCAGCAUUUCUGACCCUCUCCAACUCAACUCAGAAUGAGAUUCAUCUGUUUAGUCCAGUAGUGGCUAAUUUCACUUUGAGGAUUAAGACUACACAACAGGUGGAUGUGGAUCACGCUCUUCACUUCACUGUGUUUAUCAGCUCAUUUCUGCUGACACUUCUGCUGCUGUCUGUCAGUGCGGUCAUUGUGAACUUCCUCCUGCGCAGACUGCACAGAUGCACUCAACACACAAGGAGGAGUCUCAGUGAGGAGGCGGGGCCAUACGAGGGGAUGUGUGACAUCACUGAGUCAGCCAAUGAGGAGGCAGCAUUUGAGGAUAAGUUUAUAGAUAUUAUGAUGCUGGAGGAUCCACAGAACAUGAUUCAUGCGCUUGACAGGUGUGUGUCAUCAAAUCAACAGAGAACCAAAGUAACUCACAGUUUCAGUUUGCACAUGUCAACCGUGUUGCGCAGUAUGGUUGCGGUGGAGCGCGUGCGUGUGCAGCUGCAUGAAGGUGUUUUGGGCGUGCUGUUGGGUGGCGUCGUGAGCGCGCAAGCACAGCAGCGUGUUCUGGGCAUUGUGCGCGGGCAGAUUGUUGGCAUGGAAGGAAAAGUGCAGGAGGAACACGUGACGCACAUGACGACACUCGCCGCUCAGUGCAACCUGGAGACGCGAGAGGAAAUGCAAUCACAGCAACGCAAACACGCCACAGAAAUGUCACACGCGGAACGGCUGUUUCAACACGCUCAACAACAGGACACGCUGGAGUUUCGUGUUCUGUUGGAGAAGCUGCAUAAGGAAGAGCAGCAGCAUCUGCAGAGGUGGCUUCUGGCCAGACAUGAACAUGUGUCUGCGCAGGCACAGAGGCAGCAGGCGCUGCAGCGUAGAUUUGAGCUGCACAAGAUCUUCGGCGAGGAGCUGGUUGAGGCGACGAGAACGGGCGAGCUGCGGAAAAACAUUGCAGACAAACUCCUGAUGCAGUACUACAGCUGUCAGGACAGUCUGGAGGAGGUGCUUGAUGUCCUUGUGGCCAAUCAGAGAGCGCUGCUGACAGAGCGUCACGCGCAGCGACGGUUCCUGCUGCAGAGUUUACUGACUCUUCAGUCCGUGAUGAGCAAUGCAUUCGACAGCAGUGUGCAAACACACGGAGUGUGUGUUGUGUCUCAGCAGUGUUCUGAUGGCCAGUUUUACGUUCUGCGUGUGAAACAGGAUUUAGAAGAAACUCUGAGACGUGAACGCGGCACCAUCCGCUGUGACAUCAUCAAGAGGAGACGACAGCUCCUAUCAGAAAUGGUGUGUGAGCACAGGCGUGAGCUGCAGGUGUUGCAUCGCGUCUCUGAUGUCACAGUGAAUCAGUAUCUGCAGAAAUGGACCAAACUGCUGAUGAAGCAAAACACUGAACUAUCAGAACUGAUCAAUAAUCUGGAUGAAGAGACUGCAGCUGCUGUACGCAAGAUGAGUUUGCGUUUGCUGCAGGCUUCAUUAGCACAGCUGAAAGCGCAUGCUGCUGCAGUGUGUCCAGGAGCUGCACGCUUCCUCACGCAGACGGAGCUUCUUCAAGACAAACUGCAGCAUCUGGGUAAAGCAGACGCCCGCCGCCUGCGAUCUGCUCAGCGCUUCAUCCAGCACGCCAAACAACAAGAGCUGCAGGAGCAGAGACGCAUCCGAGACGUCUUCAGAGAAUACUGCAGUUGUGUGUGUGCGUGUGAGGCGUCUCUCUCUCAUGAACAGCGGUUGCGUGUUCAGCUGGAGUGUGUCAACGCUGCAUGUUGUUUGGAUCGCUGUCUCGUGCUGCCACACGCUGUCUGCGCAGUCAAACUGCACAUGCAUGCUGACCCUGCCGUGACCCCUCUGGCCUCAGAGAUGGAGCGCAGGUCAGAGGUCACGGAGCUGCAGCGCAUGCAGAGGAGUCUGCAGGAGAGAAUGCAGUUGCUGACGCAGCACACAGACACACACAAUGACACGCUGCAGAGGGUGUGGCGUGAGGCAUGUGUGUUGCAGGAGCAGCAGUUGCGUGCAUGCGAGGAGCGUGUGGCUGCAUUUCUUGCAUCGCUGCAGUGGGAACAGGCAGAGAAGAUAAUUAAAGUGACAGAGACGCACACAGCCCUGCUGAAACUACACACACUCAUCACAGAAGAGCUGCACAACACUACUGACAUCACACACACUCUACACACACACUGCCUGGCUCUAGAGGAGGCGGAGCUUCAGCUUCAGAGGGAGGAGGUGAUGUGGGAGGAGUCAGUGAGGGGGUGGGGCUCUGAUGAUGAUGAUGAUGAUGAUGAAGAGGUUGUGUUUGGAGUGGACAGUGACAGUAGUGUUGCUGAUCUCCUGCAGGAGGCGCUCCUCAAAAGACAACAGCUCACACAGAGAAUGAGUGACAGAGUGUUGAGGAGAAACCAAACAUUCGAGCAUCAGACAGAUGAACUGCAGCUGAAGAGACUUUACACGUACUGUCAACAGGAUCUGUAUUUUGCAGCAGCAUUAGUAAAACAGGCUCUGUUGACUGUUCCUGAUCUCCAUGAGCUCCUGCGUCUCCUGCUACCUACAGUACCUGAAGGAGAACUGCUGUCACUCAUAGAUGUGCUAGAACCCACAGCAGGAGCAUGUUCAGGAAUCUCCAGCUCUCUGACAGACAGACUGAAACAAGACGUGCUGAGCAGAAAUCUGUCUCACUCUCCUCCACACACACACAGAGAGACAGACAGGCUCCUCAGGAGACGUCAGCAGGUUCUUCUCAAGCUCUUCAGUGCUGCUGGAGAUGCUCACGAGACUCCUCAGAGACACAAACAACAGUUUCCUCCCAUUCGACCUUUGACCCCACAGCUGCUGGAGGAGACGGCAGUAGCGAGCGGUGACGAGGAGGGGGCGUGGCCAAACGAGGAUGUUCCCGCCUCUGCCGAGCAGCUGUUUAUUUUCCGCUGCGCUGCACCUGCGGCUCAUCUGCACGCGCAAACAUCACACACACGCACAAAGAAACGCAACUUCCUGAACUUCAAGAAGAACAGCGUCACACCGCGAUAGAACGGAUUCUGAAAAUAUGAUUGUGUGUAUUUUUACUGCUGUCCGUUUGAGGCAUCAGCUGUAAAUAAUCGUCACGCUGCUCUUUACAGGUCGAUUUGUUUCCUGUGUGUCACUGCUGAUUGUUUCCAUAGUAACGGGAGUUCAGCCAUCAGAUGACAUCAUCAGUGUGACAGACUUUCUGCCCGCCGGCCGUGAGUGUUUGUGUGUUUCUUCGUGAGAACAUCAGCUCCUCUUUUACACUUUUAUUUUAUUGAACAGAAAAAUUAAAUCUCUUGAAACAGCAGCAGAUUUCAGACGCUGGUCCAGUCAGUGUUUUAUUUGUGAUUACUGUCAGACUGACACUUCUUCUGAUGUAGUGUGUGUGUGUGUCUAUAUGAACAAUGUGACAAACUACAGAACAAUUAUUGAUCAAGUGUACAAGAGAUCGGCUUCUGUAAUGGAAUCCUUUAUUUACAAGAUGUAAAUCGAUUCAUAUAUGAAUCAAUAGAAAUAUAAUCGUGCAUAAGCAUUGUGAACACUACAUGUAUGUCUGUGUGUUGAAUAAAUGGAAAUACCACA